AUGACAAUUAUCGAUCCUCCAAUAAAAGAAACGACUGAUUUCUAUAAAGCUCUUAAUGCUCGGUCGAAAACCCCGUGCGAGGUAACACUAUUUGACGAUGAAUCCGAUCUGGUAGUGAUGGUGUCAGAAGAAGAGAAUGUGAAUUGCUCUCGAGAGAAACAAACGCCAGCAGACUAUUCGAUCAAGUACAAGAUAUCCAGGAAAAAGAAGUGGUUCAUUCUAUCCAUUGUAGCGCUUCAGGGAUUCAUUGGCCCAUUGACAAGCUCUAUAUAUGUUCCAGCCAUUGCACAGGUGAGAGAGUCGUUUAAUACUUCAAUGACAUCCAUCAAUGCCACUAUAUCACUAUAUGUCUUUGUUAUGGGGUUUGCUCCUCUAUUAUGGGCAUCACUGUCGGAAAGACAUGGGCGUCGCGCUGUAUAUCUGCUAUCCACUCUGCUGUAUGUGGCAUCAACAAUUGGAUGUGCAUUGUCCCAUAACAUAGGUCUUUUCAUUGCUCUGCGAGCAUUACAAGCUACGGGUGCAAGUGCUUCGCAGGCUGUUGGUGCAGGAACUAUAACCGAUCUAUUUGACGUGCAUGAACGGGGAAAUGCCAUGGGAUUAUUUCUCCUGGGAGCUCUUAUAGGGCCGGUGCUUGGGCCUAUAUUGGGUGGAUUCAUCAAUGAAUUCAUGAGCUGGCGCUUUAUAUUCUGGUUUUUGUCAAUCAUGGGUGGUGUCACCUUCUUCUUGAUACUGUUCUUCUUGCCAGAGACAUCAGCCAUCAUCCUCAAGAAGCGAGCAGAUUAUUUAAAAUUGAAAAAAGAGUUAAAGCAAGAUACAGAAAAGAAACAGCAACUACACAUUAAGUUGAGUGAUGAACAUACUUCAACAAGCAUAUUGAGGCCCUUCAAGCUGAUGGUAAAGCCGGUAGUUAUCAUUUCAACCACGCCUUACUCGAUUGCCUAUGGAUUCAUGUAUUUUGUCAUUGCAAGUCUGCCGCAUCAAUUACAAUCACAAUACAAUUUCUCCAGCUAUCAAAUUGGAUUAGCUUAUCUAGCGAACGGUAUAGGAAAUGCAUUGGGGGCGUUUGUCUCUGGAAAGCUGGCAGAUAAAGCGCUUGCAAAAUCAGUGAAUAAUCGCUUGGAAUCAAGAUUAUCGCCCAUGUGGUUUGGUAUUUUGCUGCUUCCCGUAGGUCAAUUGAUGUAUGGAUGGUGUGUAGAGAUAAAGGUACAUGUUGCAGCUACUCUGACGGGCUUGUUUUUGCUGGGCCUCGGUGUGGGCAUUGUACAGACGCCAGCAAAUACAUAUAUUGUCGACUCGUAUCAGAAGCAUUCUGCGUCAGUAAUGAGUGCAGCAAAUUUGAUGAGAUGUGUUUCAGCAGGCUGCACGCCACUCGUUGCGCCUACUUUGAUAGAUCAUAUAGGAAAUGGUUGGUCUUUGACUAUUCUAGCGGUAAUUAGCUCAUUGAGUGGUAUAUGUGUGUUCCUUGUGCAACGAUAUGGGCAGCAUUGGAGAGAGCAAAGUAGCAGUAAAUAG